ACUCCUCAAGUUUUUCGAUCCAUCAAUGGCAGAUGUAACGUACCUUCUCCACCAUCACCACCCUGAACACGACGACGACCCUCACCAAACGCUAACUCUACCACCCUACUGGUCUCCUCACGAUUUCGAUUUCUACGCCUCCGAUCCCGAAUUCCCCCAACAACCGCAUAACAACCACCAUCACCACCACCACCACCAUCGCCACCACCACUUUCCCCAAUCUGGUUCGUCCACCAUUCUCGACCGAGAGAAUCAGGUCAAUUUCGUUAUGGAUUUAUUCCAGCAGCGUGUUGAGCAGUCACAGGUCAUGGGACACCCUUUAAACGACGCCGUUUUCGGGAGCAGCGAUUUUGGGAUUGAAAUGGACGCUUUUACCCUUGAUUUAGGGUUCCCUUCUGACAGAGACUCCCACCACCGCGCCAAUGCCGCUGGAGGGGAUUCUUCCGCCGGUGGUGUCGUUGUCGUCGACGAUGACGAUUUCUUCUUCGGGAGGAGGGUUUCGGGGUCCGAAUCCGGCGACGCGGCGGCGUUCGAGAACUGCGUGAGCCUCCUAGGGUUCGGAUCGGACUCCGACGAGGAAGAAGACAACGGCGUUCUCCGAAUCUGCGUGCAUUCCGACGAGGAUUACAAUUUGCACGACGAAAACGACGACGUUUCGAGUAUUCCUCUGUGCUGGGACUCGCUGCAGUUGGAAGAUAACAGAGAGAACAACGACGAUUUUGAGUGGGAGGAGGUUGAUGGAAGGGUCGACGAGAGGGAAGUUCUAAGCAUGCUCACCGUCGAAGACGAUAGAUCCGGCUCGGUGUCCGUUUCGCCGAUCACCGGAAUCGAAGUAGCCGAAGAAGAAGAGGUUAACGUUUUUAGGGUUGGAGGAAUGGAGAAUUUGGAAUGGGAAGUGCUUCUGAAUGCAAACAAUUUGGACACAAUCACGAGCCCGGAUUUGGAUCACGAUUCCGAACCCUAUUUUGGUGAUCACGAUGAUUAUAUUUACACUGCAGAGUAUGAAAUGAUGUUUGGCCAAUUCGCCGAUAAUGAUAAUCCAUUGAACGGUAGGCCUCCGGCUUCGGCUGCCGUCGUCCGGAGCCUGCCGUCAGUGGUGGUAACAAAGGAUGACGUGGAAGGGAACAAUGCGCUCUGUGCUGUUUGCAAGGAUGAGUUUUGUGUUGGGGAGAAUGUAAAGGUGUUGCCUUGUUCCCAUCGUUAUCAUGGUGACUGCAUUCUGCCAUGGUUGGGGAUUAGGAACACUUGCCCCGUCUGCCGCCAUGAGUUCCCCACUGAUGAUGCUGAUUAUGAACGUAGGAGGCUGCACAGAUCUGGCCAGAGGAUUUGAUCAUUGCUUGAUGAAAAUGGAUCAGAUUCGCCUCCAGAGUUUGAUGAGAAUUUUAGGUUAAGGGUAUAUAUUAUUUUUUUUUUAUUUUUUUUGGACAUGUGCUGGUAAUUUUGUUCUGAUUUUCACAAUGGAGGUUUGAGGUUUUGAUUAUAAGAAUGUUUACUCACUACUCUUCUAAUUGUACCAUGGAUACAUUAUAGAAAUUAAUCAACUUUCCAAAAUGUAAAUGAUUGU